GUAUGGAGAAUCAUACACAUUUAGUUGCAACCGGUAUGUUAAAAAUUGAAUGUGAUUUUAUUAUAAUUUUUAAUGUUUAUGAGAUCUCUGAUAGAACACUUCAAAUAAUGUGUGCAACACGCAGUUUUAUCAGCGCUAUUAGCAUGGGUUUAGGCGAAGUUAAACACGCAUUUGCAGAACAAUUCUUUGAUAUAGCAGCUAUCACAAUUCAAAAUGCUAUUAUGCAUCAAUUACUUGACCAUGUAAUUAUGGAAAUAGAGGGUUAUGCAUUUACAACAAUUGCUAAUAGAUUUACAGAUAAAAUAUUCAUUGAUAGGCGAACUGGUCACGGACAGAUGGAAACUAUGUGGGUAUUUAAUUCGGUAUCCAGGACUAUUUAUGUAAAAGAUGGACCAAGACUUUAUUUGAGUCAGUAUUAUAAAGAAUUAGUUGAUGGUAAAUUUAAUUUGGAACUUUACUAA